UGUGAGGCACAAAUACACAAUUCCAAGGCGGGAUGUGAAACGACAGAUCUUGAAGAAGUACGGUCUCAGCGCAUUUUCAUUCCAGCGCGCACCUUGGUGGAUACAUUGUCCCUGCUUCGGCUUCAUGCAAACGACACCGGAUUUGCCUUCGCGACUUGACGGCAGACCAUGGCUGCCAUCCUGGUGCGACACGCUUCUAUGAUCCUACGUCGCUCCAAUGUCCGACCUCCUCGAAGUCCUCCCUGAUUUUGACCUCAAACCGCACUCACAUCUCCUGCAUUCCCUGGAGAAAAAUGACGUUACUGUCGCCGACCUGAUCACUCUUGAUCCGAAAGAGAUUGCCAGAAAAUGUCCUCUUCCUGUGGCCGACGUCCAGAGAUUAGUUGAAGAUGCCAUACAUGCUCUACAACGCGAUACACUGCAAGGAGUGAGGAAGAAGCGCAGGUUUAGAGCCGCGGGUGCAGGCGAGACAGCAGGCGAUGGACCGGAGACAAGAAAGGAAUUGCCAUUAAAAGUCAGGACUUUGGAUCCGAAUAUAGAUCAAGCAUUGAACGGAGGCUUACACCCAGGUCACAUCGUAGAGGUAGUGGGAGAGAGUGCUGUCGGAAAGACUCAAUUCGUCCUCGGCCUGCUGCUCUCUGUCCAGCUACCUCCACCCAAAGGGCUUGGGAAAGGGUCAAUCUACAUUUCAACGGAAGGACCACUCCAUACCAAGCGGCUGAGUCAAAUACUUCUUCACCACCCUGAGUACAAUGGCUUGGAUCCUGGCCAAGGACCUUCACUCGAUCGUGUGCGCACCAUUGCAACAAAUGAUCUGGAGGCACAGGAACAUAUUCUUCGCUACCAGCUUCCUGUUGCGGUCCAGCGCUUUAAUAUCGGACUGAUCGUCCUAGACUCAGUGGCCGCAAACUUCCGAGCCGAACACGAUACCCGGACAGCAGCUCAACUCGCCGACCGAGCCUUUGAGCUGGCCAAAUUGGGAAACAUGCUACGGCGGGUCGCUGUCGAGAAUAAUAUAGUGGUCGUGGUCACCAAUCAGGUGUCGGAUCGCUUCGAUGAUUCAAGAAAUCUCCUGCAGUCUUCAUCUCCGGCGACGACUUCCUCUCCUACCCCUCCAGGAGUGCAGGCUUCGGCGGCGGUGCUGGAGUGGCGGAGGGAGGCUCGGAGCCUUGAUCAUCAACAACGCUUCUUUACUGGAUGGGGAGACGAGAAGGGAAAGAGCAAGCAUGAACAGCUGAAGACUCCCGCGCUCGGACUGGCAUGGGCCAAUCAAAUAUCUGCUCGCAUUGUCCUUAAGAUGGAGAGUGAACGACAGGAAUACGCGGGAGGCAAUCUCUGGAAAGACAAGAAGAAAAGUCGGACCUUCUCGGUGGUCUUUGCUCCAUGGGCGGGCCCGACCCGUUGUCCGAUUCGAUAUGAAAUUGGAAUGCAGGGUGUUGUUUCGAUCCCAGACACCGAAAGGCCCAAAGAGGCACUUGCAGCCGUAGAUAAAGGACACGAGGACUUGCUGGAUGAGGCUUUCUGGGCCACAGAUGACGACGAAGAAUUUCCAUGAUGGUCUCGAGUGGGCUUCGCGGUAUUCGAUCUGGUUGGAUAUAUCCAGGCUGGCAAAAUGGGCCUCAUGGUGGAGGACAUUGUGAGAGCCCCGCACAUCAGAGAUCAAGUACUGCCUGUGUUUCUUCUGGCCAAGCCAGAAGGCGAGACAAAUCUAGAAUCUGAUAAGAUGGCGGCGAGGCGCUCCAAGGGCGAGUGAGAAACCGGGUCAUUUGAUACAGGGAGCCAAUACAAGUAGAAAGGCGAAUGUCGAUAACGCCCUCUACUUACUCCCAAUGCGGUAUGUGUAGCCGAUCCUCCAUCUGAUUGGUUCCGAGCUUCUUCAGGCUUGAGCUUUAAUUCAUCCCGCUUUUGCUGUUCCAACGAACAAGCACGACAG